UUUAUUUUACAUGAUUGAAUCUUCAUAUAUAUAUGUUCAAACAAUUGUUUUUACAAUAACCCGGAUAUUUUAGUGUACAACAUUCCAUGGGAACACUAGCAGGACAUCUAGUCCCUGGUUCGGCCCUUGCUCUACUUGGAUUAUGGCACAUCAUCAAUACCAUCCGAGCCUACCACCUCAAAGGCCCGACCCAAUUCAAAUCAAGCUUUUGGCAUCCCUUAGUGAGUCCGGUGUCCAAGCUAGCAUACAUGGAGCUCAUGCUUAUUAUUUUUUUCUCCAUAUUUUCCAUAGUUAUGCAGGUUUUGGAUUACCCUUUAUUCUCCUUUGCAUUUAAGCUCAAUAAUUACGAGCACGCCACAAUGUUUCUACACUUAGCUAUAUAUGCUGGCUUUACCCUUUACAGCGAGUUAAAACAGAAAUCCGACAUCUUGUUUGAAGUUUCUGGAAUUCUUGCUGCUUCUGUUUUCGGUCAAGAGCUGUUUUUACUUUAUUACCACUCAGCCGAUCAUGUAGGGAUCGAGGGUCAUUACCAUUGGCUAAUGCAACUUAUUGUGAUCGUUUCCUUUUUAACAGCGUUAUCUGUCACUAUGAUGCCAUCCAGCUUCCCUUCAUCACUUGUUCUUUCUAUAUCAGUCGCGUUUCAAGGGUUUUGGUUCAUUAACAUGGGGUUCAUGUUAUGGGUUCCUGAGUUUGUCCCCAAAGGGUGCACCAUACGGUUAGGCCACGGUGGUGACAGUGAUAUGCACGGCGCAGUCAUGUGUGGGAACCACGAGGCGGCUUUAAGGGCUAAAGGGUUGGCUAAUUUACAGUUCAGUUGGAUACUCGCCGCAAUUUUAAUAUUUGUGGGGUUUAUAUGCUUAUGUUUCCAGAAAAAGGCCCCUCCUAGAAGUCAAGCUAUCGAGUAUGAACGACUUAAUAGUCGAAUUGCUGAAAUCCCUCUUUCGGUUGGUGGAUUUAAGCAAGUUACUUACCCAUAAUGCAACUUAUGUAUAUGGGAUAACAGAAUCAUUUCUAAGGGUUAUAAAUUGUCAAAAAGCUUUGAUACUACUAAUGAUAUAUAUGUUGCUACUAGUCUAAUAAUACUUUUUGGUUGAAUUUUGUUACA